AUGCCGUCCCUCCGAAAACUCGUGAUAGCGGCCGCCUCGGCCAUCGGCGCCCAGGGUUCUCCGAUCUCGCUGCCGAGAGGGCUGCUGUCGGCACGGGACACGUCCAAUAGCAGCCUGCCCAACAUCACCAUUUUCGCCACGGGCGGCACCAUUGCCGGCAGUGCCAGCUCCUCCUCCGAGGUGACCGGCUACAAGGCUGGUGCGCUGGGGGUGGAUAUUCUUAUCGACGCGGUGCCCGAGAUCCGCAAUGCGUCCAACGUCAGCGGCGUGCAGUACAGCAACAUUGGCAGCCAGAUGAUGAACACGACGCUGCUCGUCGGGCUCAGCCAGCAGAUCCAGGCCGCCCUCGAUGAGCCGACUGUCGCGGGUGUGGUGGUGACCCACGGCACCGACACAAUGGAGGAGACGGCCUUCUUUCUGGACCUGACGCUGCGCACGGAGAAACCGGUGGUCGUGGUCGGUGCCAUGCGGCCGGCUACGGCCAUCAGCGCCGACGGGCCGAUGAACCUGCUCGCGGCCGUCACGCUGGCCGCCUCGGCCAAGGGACGUGGCCGUGGCGUCAUGAUUGUGCUCAACGACCGCAUCGCCAGCGCCUACUACACCACCAAAACCAAUGCCAAUGCCCUCGACACCUUCAAGGCCUACGAACAGGGCUUCCUGGGCGUCUUCGAGGACAUCAGCCCCGUCUUCUACUACCCGCCCGUACUGCCGGCCGGCCGACCUUACUUUGACAUCAUGGCGAACGAUCCGGCCGAUGGGAUGCCCCAGGUCGACAUUCUGUACGGCUACCAGCAGCUUAAUGCAGCCCUAAUCCCGGCAGCCGUCGCCACCGGCGCAAAGGGCCUCGUCUUUGCCGGAUCGGGCGCCGGCUCGUGGACCGACGACGGUAACGCAGCUGCCGAGAAGGCCAUCAAGGAGAACGGCACCGCCAUCGUCUACUCGCGGCGCCCCAUGGACGGCUAUGUCGCCAAAGGCAACCUGGAUGGCGGCGUCGAGUACGGCUUUGGUGGAGGGUUUCUGAGCCCACCCAAAGCUCGGAUUAUGCUGCAGCUGGCGCUGAAUGCAGGCUACAGUACGGAGCAGAUGCGCACGGUAUUCGAGUUCAGCAACUAG